CUUUUGUCUUUUGAUAAUUAUAAAUAUAUAAUUAUUUGGUUCCGGGAGGUUUGGAGUCUGUGUCCUGAAGAUUUUGGACAUUAUGCUAUCCUGCUGCUGAACGACAGAACAGGUUAAAACUAAGACAUCUGCAUUGGAACUCCUGACGUAGGGCAGUAUUGUUAUUCUGUCUCAGUAUACUGUACAGCAGGGGCUGUCAGUCCCAAGCAUACCCCAGAGAACUCUAAGCUAACAAGACAAUCUGCUUGUGGUGUUUAGGGUUUCAUUGAUUUUCUUCUCUGGAACAGGAUUGUCUGAUUGUGUUGGAUUGACUCUUUCAGUGUUGUAGUGGGCAAGGUCUCAUAAUUAUUGGGCUUGUGGUGCUGGAUUCUUUGGUAGUGGGCGUGAAUCUAGCCAAGAUGCCCACAGUGUGCCCUCUUCAUCAGGCCUUGGGGCUCAGCAUGGCAGAGAAGGCCCAUAGCAUGACUCUAGCCAGGAUGCCCACAGCGUGCCCUCUAUGCCAGGCCUCGGGGCUCAGCGAGGCAGAGAAGGCCCUGUGCAUGCUGGCACACCACGGCCCCCGGCCACGUCCGGUCCUGCAGCCCCUUGACCUGGAACUCUGGCUCUAUGUUCAGAAGACCCGCAGCAUGCAGAAGAAGAGGAUGGAAGCCUCUUGUCUGGAGCUCGCUCUGGAAGGGGAGCGGUUGUGUAAGGGUGGAGACUUCAAGGGUGGGACGGCCUUCUUCGAAGCAGCAGUGCAGGUGGGCACUGAGGACCUGAAGACCCUGAGUGCCAUUUACAGCCAGCUGGGCAACGCCUACUUCUACCUCAAAGAGUAUGCCAAGGCGCUUGAGUACCAUCGGCAUGACCUCACGCUUGCCAGGACGAUUGGUGACCGGGUCGGUGAGGGGAAGGCCAGCGGUAACCUAGGGAACACUCUGAAGGUUCUGGGACGUUAUGACGAGGCGGCCGUGUGCAGCCAGAGACACCUGGACAUCGCCCGCGAGCUUCAGGACAAGGUGGGGGAGGCCAGGGCGCUGUAUAACAGCGGGAAUGUCUUCCAUGCCAAGGGGAAGCAGCAGUCAUGGAGCUUUUCCCAGGAUCCUGGAGACCUGCCGCCGGACGUGCGUGAGACACUGCAGAAAGCCACUGAUUUCUACGAGAUGAACCUGUCCUUGGUGAAGGAGCUUGGGGAUCGGGCAGCACAAGGACGAGUCUUCGGAAACCUGGGCAACACCCACUACCUGCUGGGAAACUUUGUAGAGGCCAUCAACUUCCACAAAGAGCGGCUCUCAAUAGCAAAGGAGUUUGGAGAUAAAGCAGCGGAACGCAGAGCUUACAGUAACCUGGGCAAUGCUCACAUAUUCCUGGGUCAGUUCAGCAUUGCCACUGAGUAUUACAGGAAGACGCUGCAUCUCUCUCGGCAGCUGAAGGACCAGGUGAUGGAGGCCCAGGCCUGCUACAGCCUGGGGAACACCUUCACACUGCUGCAGGAGUACGAGAGAGCCAUCGAGUACCACCUCAAACACCUGCUGAUCGCCCAGGAGCUCGGAGACAGGGUGGGUGAGGGUCGAGCGUGCUGGAGUCUGGGGAAUGCCCACGUCUCGCUGGGAAACCACCGGCAAGCUCUGCACUUCGCCAGCAAGCACUUCGCCAGCAAGCACCUAGAGACCUCUCGGGAGAUUGGGGAUUGUAACGGGGAACUGACUGCCCGGAUGAAUGUGGAGCAGUUGAUGACUGCCCUUGGAAUGGGAGAGGACCUGUCACCCUGUGGAUCGGAGUUUGAGGCUCAAGGAGCCAGGCCUAAACUUGUUAAGAGAAACAGCAUGGACAGCUUAGAUCUGUGGAAAUAUUCAUCGGAAAAGGAUCAGAACGGAGAAAGUCAUCAAAUGAACGAGUCACAGGCCAGAGCCAGGAGUCACCUGAGUGGGCCAAUCAGAAGCGAGAGAGACACCCAAUCAGGAGCGGAGAGCAGGUGGCUGGAUUGCAGAGCAUCACCAGUGGACACCAAUGACAUCAGAGUGCAGGUGGCACAGUCUAUCAGUCGUCACUCUUCGGAUGAAGAAUGCUUUUUUGACCUGCUCAGUAAGUUCCAAAGUAACCGCAUGGACGACCAGCGCUGCCCGCUGGAUGAGCAGCAAAAUGGAGUGGAAGGGGCUUCCUCCACCCAUGCCUCUUCGCUGGACAACAGGAUCGCCGCCUCUUCCUUAAUGACAUCGCCCCAGACGGAGGAGUUUUUCGAUCUCAUUGCGAGUUCUCAGAGCCGGCGGUUAGAUGACCAGCGUGCCAGCAUUAACAACCUGCCGGGACUGCGGAUAACUCAGAACAACCUGGGGCACCUCUGCGCUGACCCCGACCCCCAGGAGCCCAGCGACGACUUCUUCAACAUGCUCAUGAAGUGCCAGGCUUCCAGGAUUGAUGACCAGCGCUGUUCCCCACCUGAUCCAGGACCCAGAGCCCCCACUGUCCCGGAUGAAGAUUUCUUCAGCCUGAUCCAGCGGGUCCAGGCCAAGCGACUGGAUGAGCAGCGAGUCCACCUUUCUUCAGACGACCAGGAUGAGACCCAAGAGCAGCCCCCAUCUCCUCCGUCACCUCCACCCAGCUAAGACUGCCCCAGGACUAACACCCUCUAAUCCUGCUGGAGCCCCACAGGAGUUAAACUGAGGACUUCCCCAUCCAGCUACAGUCACUACAGCCCCAUAACUACGUGGACUAGAUCUACUUCUGGAAAACCAGCAUUAGCACCAGCACGAUGGAAUUACACUGACUGGAUCUACUGCCAGACAUAUACAUUUCAUUCAGAUAGAGCCACGUUGACCUCUGUGUAUGAAUGCCUGCUUGGGGCUGUCUGUUGUAGAAAUGAUAUGGGAGUCAAGUUUGAUCUCCAAGAUGGGCUGGAAGAGCUACAGGAUGAAUGUUCAUGUUAGCUUAGUUUGAAAAUGUCACAACCAAGAUAACCCUGCUGGACAUUCCAGUAACUGCUGGUUGCUGCUUGUGGCCACCAAAGGUUGGGUACUGGAACACAUAUUUACUGGUUCCUUGGUGAUUGCUGAGGGCAGGGUUGAAGCAGCAAGGUUUACUGUAGACAACUAUCAGUUGACUGUAUAAUUUUACUGUGAAAGCACUUUUAAUUUCACUUGCUUUUCUUAAAUCAGUAUACCAGCCUAAUUGCAUGAAGAUUUAAAACUACCAGCUCAGCAGGUGAAAUGGGUUUAUAAUCCAUCACAAAAGUAAGAGGUAUUCUAAGCUGUCUAGAUGGGAAACAUCUUCCUACAGACCACAGUAUGUUAAUUAGGAACUCAGUGGAAAGAAUGUUCAUUUUCAAAUAAAUUACAGAACUUAGUAUUCAUUUAAAGAAGAAAUAUACAUGAAGAUAUAUUCCAGUCUUCAAACAUAGAAGUAUUUUAAGGAAAUAAGCACACCUUCUUCUCCCCAGAGCUAGCCUUAGUGCCUUCCAGGUUUUUUUUUUUUUUUUACCCAACCACAUCGAGUCUUAAGAAAUAAGACAAAGUCCUGAGCCCAAAGGACUUAAAGCAUUUAUGCUCAGAAUCUAUAUCCUAGACAUCUAAUUCUGAUGUGGGCUACAACAAUACCUGUAAACCUUCAGUGUUAGCCUUUACUAUACAUGUGUAUGGUACUAAUUACAUGGCCAGGAGAAUCUGGAAGGCUUCUUGAUUCUCAGAUGGGAACCUUUUUCAGAAAUCUAAAACACUGUACAGGACUAAUUAAAUAUCUAAAUAAACAGUCGACACUUGUAGUCAUUUCAAAUGGCAUGUGAAAAUGUACGAUAAAACACUGGGCCAAAUUGGGUUUCAUGGUAAGCAUAUAUAAUUUAUUAGAAGUACAACAUUUAAAAAAACAUGCAUUUCCCUAUGAAGAAACGGAUGAGAAAAAGGAACAAAUAGAGUAAGUAUGAGCAAUAAGAUGCAGCACCAUUUACAUUUACAAUGCCAACCGUUUUAUACGCAUAGCUAGAUGCAGUCUUGCUUCACUAACCUUAAUUCCUAAUUGUAUAUUUCAAUGUUUAAGACAUUUUACUCAAUAAUGAAAACAUAUGGAAAUAACCUUUUCAAUAAUGUUCCCCAAUGCAGUUAUGCAGAUGACGUGUUCUACGUUUGUGUAGCCCAAUCCGAACAAUCCUUCCAUGAAGUCUCUCCUGAGUUUAGAUUUCCUAUUAAUAGAGCACCGACAGCCUAUGAUAGAAUACAAAGAAUGUGUUUAAUUGAAGUAGCCUCAAAAAAUCACCAAAUGCCAUUUUAAAAGAUUGAAAAUGAAAAGUGAAAGUCAUUCAUGUGUAACCUUGUACCAGGGGUACAAACAGGAGCCUCGCGCAUCCCUUUAGAGCCAGGAGCAGGCUGCACAGAGCAGAAGCCUCACGCAUCCCUUUAGAGCCAGGAGCAGGCUGCACAGACCAGGGGUCUCAUGCAUCCUUUAGAGCCAGGAGCAGGCUGCACAGACCAGGGGCCUCAUGCAUCCUUUAGAGCCAGGAGCAGGCUGCACAGACCAGGGGCCUCAUGCAUCCUUUAGAGCCAGGAGCAGGCUGCACAGAGCAGAAGCCUCACGCAUCCUUUAGAGCCAGGAGCAGGCUGCACAGACCAGGGGUCUCAUGCAUCCUUUAGAGCCAGGAGCAGGCUGCACAGACCAGGGGCCUCAUGCAUCCUUUAGAGCCAGGAGCAGGCUGCACAGACCAGGGGCCUCAUGCAUCCUUUAGAGCCAGGAGCAGGCUGCACAGAGCAGAAGCCUCACGCAUCCUUUAGAGCCAGGAGCAGGCUGCACAGAGCAGAAGCCUCACGCAUCCCUUUAGAGCCAGGAGCAGGCUGCACAGACCAGGGGCCUCAUCAGCUCCUAAGCAGCACCUCCAGUACAAGCAGUGAGAAUGCACGUUCAGUCUUAAAGUAGUUCCGAUCAGCGUUCCCUCUAAGCUUUUUACAUACUGAGAAACUUGCUGUUUUGACUGAGAAAGGGUAAAGUAUCAGUGAGAACCAUCGGCCACGCAUUAACCCUUUUAAUAUAUUUUUGUUGCAUUAUACAAUUUUGAAACAAUAUUUCAAGUAUACAAGUAUUUCAGUAAUUUUACAAUUUACUUUAAAUUUAAACAACAGCUCUGCUUCUGAAUCAUUCUCUGAUUAUAUAUAUAUAUAUAUAUAUAGAUAGAUAGAUAUUAUACACAUUGCUGUGCAAAAGACUUAGACAUUUUGCAUUUUUCUACUCUGAUUCAUUAUGAGCAUCAACAAUUUACUCAAAGCCUCCACUCCAGUCCAAAGCACCUUUUGACCAUUGUUCUAUAGUCCAACUUCUGUGUUCUUGUGCAGCAUAUUUUAGUCUUGUUCCCCUUUCUUAACAGAGGUAUUCUUACUGCAACACAUCCUUUAAGUCCUGAUUUCAUGAGUGACCUUUGUACUGUUGAUUUGAUGGACAAUGACACCUGUGCCUUCUGCCAGUUCUGUUGUCAAUUCAAUGCUUGUCUUCUUUCUAUUCCUAAAGGAUAUUAUCAUCCUUGUUAGCCAGCUUUCUGGGUCUUCCAGUCCUGGGUUUGUCAACUACAAAUUAUGUUUCUCUGUACUUGUUGAUUAUGCUUCAGAGACCAUGCCUUGAAAAUCGAGUGAUUCGAACUAUUUCACUCAAUGUUUUUCCUUCUUUAUGCAAGUCAAGGUUGUUAUAGUAGUAGAAAACACUAGUGGAGGCUUUGAGUAAAUUGUUGAUGCUCACAAUGCAUCAGUGUAGAAAAAUUCAACAUGUCUAAGACUUUUGCACAGAAGUGUAUAUUUACCUUUAUGAAGCAUGUCUGAGAUUCUAGGCAGCCUUGUCAGUUGUUAUCAUAGAUAUAGACUGCAUGGCCUGAAUAAAAUAGUUUUAUACUAUUGUAUAAAACACUGGUGUCUGCACUGCCUUCAAUUGUAACUAUCUUUAGGGCUACUAAUUUUUGCAUUCUUCGGAAUACCAAAUUCCGUUUUUCAAAAAUGGCCAAAUCAAUUUUUUCCCCACUUUUUAUUUUUAUUAAUAAUUAAAUGACAUUUGAACAUAAAUAUAAUGUUGUUAGUUAAAAUAAUUAAUACAUAUUACCACUUUUUUUUCAUUCAGACUUGUUGCUGUAAUAGUAAGUAAAGCACCUGAAGACACUUCAAACCUGUCAUAAAGACCUGUUUAUCUUAUUGCUGGCAUUACAAUAACAACAAAAAUAUGAAACAGUUUAGUAUCAGUCCAGCAAUGUCAUGCAAGAUUAAUCCUAUGUACAGGACUCCACAUUAAGUUUAGCGUUUUACUGGUAUUACAAUAACCAGGAUAAAAUAUGAAACACUUUGAUAAAAAGGCGUGUUGACUGAGUCGUUGCUACACAGGUUCACUGCUGUGUAUCACCCGAUUGUAAUUUAAAUAGCUCCCCUUUCAAUGUAAACACAUCAUUAAUCCUCCCAGUUGUUCCUUAGCUAAUUCUGCCUUGUUAUUUGCACAAUUUAACAAGAUGUGUGUCUCCAGACAGACUGUCUGUGAAACAAAGAGUGUGUCAAUUUCCUUUAAGGAAUGUAUAGCUAAAAAAAAAUAGCUUGAGCUAAUUUCUUCAUCGCCAGAAAACAUAAUUCAAUUAAGAAACAGCCAUGGUUUAACCUUGCUAAUUAUAGCUUUAUUAAAAGGCAGGUAGCAUGGAAGGAAAUUAACGAAACAAUAAUGCACUAAUGUGACGUGCAUUUUUACAGAGGGAAAUCAGAGAAUCCGCUGCAAGACAGACGUGAAUGUGUUUACGUUAUGCUUUGCAAGAAUUCUCUCAAAGGUUUACCUCGAGAUGCUGGCGUCUCGAUUGAGGUUGAUAUUUAUGAUAAAAACUUGCAAAAGUUAGUAAACCGAGUGCGGAGGUUGUUGCCAGUUAUUGCAAAAAAUGUGCGCAUUUUAGCCUUAGAGGGAAUGCUGGUUCCGAUUGAGGGGUGGAGACACCCAGGGCCUGAGCAGACAGUUCCAUUUAAAGGCGUUUACUUGACUAUAGCAUCUAAUAAACUAAUUUGUGGCUGAAGCUAGCCAUGUGGGUUUGUAUUAAAAGGUACGCAUUUUACUUUACUGCCAUAUGUAUAUAAUGCUUUGUAUUUAUGUUCAGUUCAGCAACAAACUGGGCUAUGUUCUGUAAAGCCUAGCUCUAGUGGAGAUGAAGAUCUGUCCACUGUUUGACUUCCUCCACUGCUUUUAAUAAAACAGUCAACUCA